AUGGCAGGAAGUCCUGGGGGAGCCGGUGUGAGGAAAGAGGCCUCUGAUGACUCUGGUGACCACAUUGAUGACUUGUGCUCCCAGAAGUCUUAUGAGAUAGAUAAGACUGUAGGAGGAGGGGAAGUCUAUGAGAGAUUAAGUAAUGUGCCCAAAGUGCCUCAGUGUGAAGCCCGUCCCCUGGGCUGGGCAUGGUGCCUGAGAGUCACAGACCGUCGGACCCACCCCCUGCGUCCUGGGCUCGCGCUCUUCUCGGGUGGAUCUCGCCUGGGAAGUGCCAGAGGCUUAGUCAGGGAGGUUGCAGAUCCUCCCGGGACUCCCGGGCUUAGUCCUCAUCACCUGGACCAUCCCCAUCCGCCCGGGGUCAGGGAAGGGAGGCAGCGUUUGGCUCGCACCCAGCCGGGUCCCUCCGGCCGCCGCCCUCCUUUCUGCACCGCCACGGUUGCAUCCCCGCGGAGCCCCCCGGAGCUCGCCCGCUGCCCACGCCCUCGCCGCAGAACCCCGACCGAGGCCCCCAGUACGCCGCACCUCUCCGGAGCGUGGCGGGUUGACUGGGCAUGCUCCGGAGCCCGGCCCCGCGCCGUGGGAGCCGAGCGCAUGCACUCGCCGGGCCGGGGGCUCGCCGUCCAGGGGCGCGGCGCUCAGGCGGCCGCUCUCGCCGACGCGCUGGCCAGCCUGCGCCGGACCCGAGCCAGGAUGGCUUCCCUCACCGCCUACGACAAGGAUGUGAGCAGUGCGAGUUAUAACCUGUCGUCUGCAACAACGGGCAGCUACUACAGCUGUGUCAGCCAGAUCACCAUCGGUUAUGAUGUUGCUGGGCCCGUGGCAAUUGGACUCACCCACUGGAAAAAUCCCUAUGUACAAGGCAGACCCACCCUUCCAUCAGAUCUGCCCCUCUUCCUCUCCAAAGACGCAGGCAUCCCUGUGUACCACCAAUCCUUUGCUCGCAAAGCUGACCUGGCCACACCCUUGUCUUGUCCAGCCUCGCUGUCCAUCACCCCAGUGCCUUCUUACAGCAGCAGCAGCCAGGAAACCCUGAGUCAAGACACAUCAGAGCCACUGACAGGUCCUGGGCAUCUUCUUGUCAAAUGCAUGAAUGAGCCUGUGAAUCCGACCCUGGCCCAGUUCUCUCUCGCCUCUGGCUAUGGCUUUAGCAGAUGCAGACUCUCCUACCUUCUGCUACCUGCUCCAGGCCCGCUUCCUCCCCCAGCUGCUGGUUGCCCUUUGGGUCUCUACAUUACGGCUAUUGCUGUGUAUCUGCAUGCGUGUUACCUGCAUGCGGUGACUGCUGGGAAGCAGCGGAGUCACAUCUACAGCCGUGACCCUCAUGUUGGGAGGCCACUGGGCUGCCUGGGAAUAGCUAUAGUGAAGUUCUCCUCUCAAGAAGCUGUCACACGAGACUACAAGAGAAUACAUUAUGGAAAAACAGAAGUGACUGAAUCACAUCGGACAAUUUGGUGCCUUGACCAAGAAGACGAUAGUGAACUGGAGAAUGAACAGUAG